GGAAGUGACGCGCCGCGCGGCUGGCGGGCGAGGCCGGUCGGCGGGCCGCCCGGGGCGGGCGCGCGGCCAUGCUGUUCUCGCUGCGGGAGCUGGUGCAGUGGCUGGGCUUCGCGCCCUUCGAGGUCUUCGUGCACCUGCUGGCCCUGCUGGUGUUCUCCGUGCUGCUGGCGCUGCGCGUGGACGGGCUGGCGCGCGGCCUGUCGUGGUGGGCCGCCUUCGCGCCGCUGUUCGCGGCCGACGGGCUGAGCGCCUACUUCACCACCAUCGUGGCGGUGCGCCUGUUCCAGGACGGCGAGCGGCGGCUGGCCGUGCUGCGCCUCUUCUGGGUGCUCACCGUGCUCAGCCUCAAGUUCGUCUUCGAGAUGCUGCUGUGCCAGAAGCUGGCCGAGCAGGCGCGCGAGCUGUGGUUCGGCCUCAUCGCGUCGCCCGUCUUCAUCCUGCUGCAGCUGCUCAUGGUGCGCGCCUGCAGGGUCAACUAGCGCCCGGCGUGGAGUGGAGCCCUCGGCCGCGGGCACGGACCCAGGAGCCCAGGCCAGCGCCCUGAAGAGCCGGCCCGCCCGAGACCGAGUGCCGCGGCCGCCCCGGGCCCCCGGCAGGAGCUGCGGGGACACCCAGCCCUAGGACCGCGCGCCUUUGCGCUCGACGAUGGCCGAGAUCCAAUAAAAUGUUCAGUGUUCCCCCGGGA